AUCAUAACAUUAACAACAUAAAAGUUGCAGCAGCCAAAAGUAUGAGUUUCAAUUUCAAUAGUUAUAAUACAGAUGCUAUGUUUGUGAUGAAAGAUGAAGAUCAUCAAAUGGAAUUACUAAAUUCACUUAAUAUGAUGCGCAAAAGUAGAACAUUUUGUGAUGUUAUAUUAAAUGUGGGCAAUUGCGAGUUUUAUGGUCACCGAGCUGUAUUGGCCAGUUCAAGUCGGCUUCUGAUGGAGAUUCUUAGUCAUGAUGGUGAUGAAAAGAAGAAUUCACAGCGAGGAGCAAUCACAACAUGUACACUGAACACUGGUCCACUCAUUGAUAGUUCUGCUGUUGAGAAACUCAUCGAAUACACCUACACAUCUCGUCUUGAAGCAAAUGUUUGUCAAGUAAAAUCAAUAUUCCAAGCAGUUUGUUAUUUAAGAAUGGACCGUAUUGCAAAAGAAUUAGCUCAUUUUAUACUAAAAUACUUAAAUGUCAAUAAUUGUAUUGAUAUACGUUCUCUUCCCAGUAUAUCAAUAAGCAUAUCGUUUAUAAACCAAUUAAACUCAUUUAUAUCAGCACAUAUGAAAGAGAUUGCUGAAACUUCACAUUUUCUUUCAUUACCAUGCAUACGAAUUGAAAUUUUGAAUCAAACAAAACAAGAGAUGUCUUUGAGUACAGGUGAUUCCGUAUCUCAGUUAGUGUUGGAUUGGAUUCAACGUUGUUAUGAUGAUAAUGAGCCAGAAACAUUCUUUAAUGACCUUAUGAAAAACACAUUUAUGUUAUACUUGGCAUCAGAUAACAUAUUACAGGAUUGUUCACAACUUCCACCUGGAGAGUUAAGUGAUACUGAAAUUGUGCAGGAUUAUAAAAAGUUGUCUAUUCAUAAAACUAGACGUAAAGGUCAAAUACAACCAGCUAAAUCUAGAGUUUUAAUAUGCAACAGUAAAAUGCAUGAACAAGGAGAAAGUUUUCCUGAUGGUGAUUGUGCUAUACUUGGUGUUACUUGUGUUGGAGAACAUAUUUUUUCUGCUUUGGCCUCACUAAAAGGUCAAUUGUGUUCUUUGAGCAUAAAAUUGAAACUAAAUGUAUCGAUCUUAUCAAAUCCGUCAACUGAACCGCCACUAUUGCACAGCCGAGCUGAGUCACAUCAAUCAUUGCCUGAUCUUUACUCUGCUUUAACUCCCAUGACAUCUGGGAAAUGUGCUGUUGGUUGUGCCAAUCUUAACAACAAUCUAUUAGUAUGUGGAGGUUAUGAUCGAGCUGAAUUUUUAAAAACCGUGGAGUCUUAUGAUCCAGAACAAAAUGUUUGGGAAACUCUUGAACCUAUGUGUGAAGCACGUGGCAGGCUCAAUAUAGCAGUGUUGAAUAACAAAGUAUAUGCAGUUGGAGGAUGCAAUGGAACAACAGAAUUAUCCACAGUUGAAUGUUAUGAUACCAUUAAAAAGUGGAUUCCUGUGACUUCCUUACCACUAGCUCGAUCAAGUCCUGGUGUUUGUGAACUGAAUGGUAAAAUAUAUUGUAUUGGUGGAUGGAAUGGUCAAGAUGGAAUUACACAAAAUGAUGUCUAUGAUCCAAACACAAAUGAAUGGACUAGUAUUGCUCCAUUGCAAACAGGAAGAAAUCAAGCAGGUGUAUGUGCAAUGAAUGGUAAAGUAUAUGUUGUGGGUGGUUGUGAUGCUUGGAAUUGUUUCAACACAGUAGAGUGUUAUGAUCCUGUAGUACAUUCAUGGUCAUUUAUUGAACCAAUUAUUACACCUCGACGGGGUUUUGGCCUGGCUCAUAUCAAAGGGAAAUUAUAUGUUGUGGGUGGUUCUGACGGAACUCAAUCAUUAGCUACUACUGAAAUUUAUGACCCUAAUGAAAAAAUAUGGAUUCCAGGACCAAACAUGAUUACAUCUCGUGCAAAUGUAGGAAUCGCAGUAGUUAGGAAUAGAUUGUAUGCUGUUGGGGGAUUCUCUGGUAAAAUAUUCUUAAACAGCAUUGAAUUUUUGAAAGAAUCCAUGGAUGAAUGGACUCGGUUUAGUCCAAGGAAUACCUAA